AUGGAGGCUGCUCAUCAAGCAAUUGGUUUUCAAUUGUAUCAAAUAAAAAUUAAUCGCUCGGUGAGGCUGCAUAGACUGCAUUUCGAAAAUCAUAGAAAAAAAACUAUUACAACCUUUCAAUUGGAUGAGAAUACCGAUGCUACGACCGUUGCGACGAUUAAUCAACUUGGGAAUAUUGAGCAGGCUGGACUGUCGGAUAGUGGACAAGCGAUCGAAUUCAUGACUCAGGAUGGACAGAAGGUUCGCGUCUUAACAUCGUAUCCUAUCGAUCCGAUUCAGUUAGCUUCAGAAUAUCUAACUAUUGUAUAACGAAAGAAAAAUUAAUAAAUGCGUUCAUAAUCAA